UGUGGAGUUCUUAAGGAAACAGUUGGUCUUGUGAUAAAUAAGGGGGUGCGUUUUGUUUCAUUCAUGCUUUGGAAGAAUACAGUGGUCUGGUGGUCUCUAACCUAAAGGAGCUAAAGCUGAUGGUCACAAAUUACAAUCUAAUGGUGUAGAGAGAUGAGACCGGAUGAUAUCAACCCUCGUACAGGACUGGUGGUAGCCUUGGUGAGCAUAUUCCUCGUAUUUGGCUUUAUGUUUACAGUUUCAGGGUUCAAAGGGGAGACUUUGGGAUCAAUCCCACUUAUUGCUAUAGGGCCAGCUAUUUUUCUUCCUGGUGUGGCAGCUAUUACCUUGACCAGGAGAACUGAUGGCUGCACUAAGUGGCCCUAUAAAUACUGUACAUGCUGUUGUAAGAAGGGGAAAGAUAAAGAAAUUGUGGAGCUUCUAAAGACACCAUCAGACAAGGAGUCUGGCAAAGGGAGUUCUAAUGAGCUGGAUAAAAAGGCAGAAACAAAGAACAAGCAAGAUCAAUGUGAACCCAGUAAAAUCACCACAAUAGGGGAUUCAAGGACACUCAACACAAAGGUGGACGGAGAUGAGGUGCAGAGGUAUCUGGACAAGUGCUAUUCCACAAACACAUUACCUGGAGGAGUAGAAAACCAUAACACUUGUUCUGUGUUUGAUAAAAAGUACACCCCAGACAGAAUUAUCUACACCGUCACAGAGGAGAAAGUUACUCUAGACCCUAGAGAUAGUGAUGCAGGAGCCCAUCCUAAAGGGGGUGUCAAUCCUUAUAACAGGUAUUGCUGCUAUGUAAAGACAACAGAAGUGAAGUGGGACCAAGAGACAAUUGUCUAAAACUUAAAUGCACAUAAACCUUUAUAUUGUACUAGGAUGUUUUUGCACUGCAUGACAGAUCCAGGCUCUGUUACCAAUAGUCCAGGUACUUACACCCAACAGCUUUCUGCUAAGUGGUUGCUACAGACCAGCAUGUCUAAGAUCAUGGGUCGCCUGUUUCCUUUGUGACCAUUCUGGCCAAUUGUUUGACGUCUGAACACAGUGCCUUGAUAUGGAGCUGGACAGGUGUGAUCAGCUACAAGACAAUGAGCAGGGAGAACAGCUCAGGCAAACGGCGGUGUACACAGUUAUCCUCCAGUGCACUAAAAGCCAUUGUCUGUAGCUCCCUAUUAAGUUGCUGUAACAACAAUUUCUUUUUAUAAAUCAUGUAUGACCUGAAAUAUUAGGUUACACGUGGCAAGACAGGUAUUCCUAUAUGGUCCUGGUAACUGAAUAUGUCCCAGCUUAAAACUGCAAAUAUCUAACAUUACAUAUGUGCUGAGAUAUGGCAGAAUCCUCACUAAUAAGAAUCAAUAGGCUGCUGUCCCUAGUGUCUGGUUACAGAGUGAUAGGAGGGCUAUCAUUGAGACAGUUUUUAAUAUGUUGUGUCUUAUAUCUUGAUUUUUAUUUAGAAACGACAUGCGUUUUUUUUAAUAUCCUUUUGAUUAAUAUUUAUAUUGUGUUAAUAAAUCAAGCACAGUUUUAAUACUAAUUUAAUAAAUCAAAAUAAAUAUUUGAAAGGAUGUCUACUGUAAUAUUGUUCUAUUUUGAUUUCUCCAUAGGAACUUUUUAGUGUCUUACUAUGCUAUAAAGCCUAUACAGUAUGACUAGAAUAUAGUAAACGGAAUAAGCUUUUCGUCAGACCAACCAUUACCAUGAACAUUACACUUAAUGCAUUAAUGAAUCUAUUAUGUUAUUAAAUUAUAUAUAAUUUUUGCAACAUAUUAAAAAUCUUUCUUCUAGUAUUGUGCAUUAAAAAACUGGAGAAAGGUAGGAUUAGGAUCCUUCAGAAUUUCUUUAAAUGUUUCCUUCCUAAGAAUCCAUUUGCAUC